GAAGCCCGCCGUGCAGUACCAAGACCACAAGCCGCUCUCGCGCGACCAGCAGAAAGCCCUCUGCGAGCGGCGCGACGCGGGCGACGAGUCGGCCGCAUGGGAGCUAGCCCAGUCGGUCUUCCCAAUGGCCAUGAUGCAGGCGGCCAAGUUCGCCAAGGCGACCAAUUGGGACAUCGACGAGGCGUACGCGUCCGCCUGCCUGGGCGCCCACCGCGCAGCCUGCAAGCUGGACCCGGACGUGGCCAGCAUCACCACCUACGCGUACUCGUGGAUCUUCCAGUUCAUGCAUCGGGACCGGCGACACAUGGCCGGCAGCGUGGUCUGGGUUCCGUUCUCCGCGCGCAACAGCGGCUACGGCGACCAGGCCGACGCGGCUCACGCGUGCGUGUCGAUCCACGAGCUGGACGACGAAGACCCGAACUACCGCGAGCCCGCCGUUGUCGACGACCCCAGCGAGAACGCCGAACACAACGAGUCCCUGGCGACCGACAGGCAGCGGGUGCACGCCACGCUGGCCAAGAUGGAACCCCGCCGGGCGCUGAUCCUCCGCCGCCGCAUGUUCGACGGCCGGACGCUCGACGAGGUUGGCGCCGAACUGGGCGUGUCGAAAGAACGCGUGCGACAGAUCGAGAAAGACGCGGCCCGGCAGUUCCGGGCCUACUUCGCCAAGACCCCGUACCGGGAGGAACCCAAGACGAUGAACGGAACCCACAAUCAGCAGCCACAGCCUCCGGCCAGCGUGUCGCAGAUGGUCGACCAGCUCACGCCCGAGGCGAUCGAGGCCGAGCUAGCGGAGCUGGACCGCAAGCGCGACGCGUUCAACCAGCAGUACAAGGCCCGCAAGGCGAAGCUCCGCGGGCUGCUCAAGGUGGUCGGCGGUGGCGAGCAGUCGACGGCGAAGUUGUCGGCCAGCCUCAAGCGGCCGUCGAUCGAGCCCGACCCGGAGACGGUGGCCGGCAAGAUCUGGGCGGCCCUGGAGAAAGGCCCGCUGCCGCCGGAGGUGAUCGCAUCCCGUAGCAAGUGCAACGAGCGUGGCGUCCGGCUGACGCUGGGUCGUUGCCGUGGCAAGUAUUUCGCCGAAGUCGACGGCAAGUGGAAGCCCAUGCCCCGAUACACCUACCGACUCAAGCCCGGCGAGAUCGUGCAGGACCCACGCCGCCUGGUCGUCGCCCACCUGGGCAAGCGCGAGGUGGUGCUGAUCCCCCUGGAGUCGCACGAGAGCGAGGGGGAGGUGCUGCGCGAGUACCGCUCGGCAAUCAAGGCCGACCGCGUCGCCGACCUGUUCCCCGACCGCGCCGCCGUCAAGCGCGCCGUUGACCUGCUGAUCCCGAUGGCCCGCAAGGCGGCCGAGCAGACCGACACGCUCGUCGACGACGCGGCCGUCGACAUGCUCGAGGCCCUGCACAAGUCCGAGCUGGCCCAGGAGUGGGUCGCCAGUGAGGUGAGCCGCCAGGACCGAAUCCCCGAGGGCGCCCUUGCGGUGUCCGUGAUGCCCGACGAGGUGAAGCAGGACCUCGUUCACCACCUGCCCGAGUCGCGCCGCGAGGAGUUCCUGCAGGGCGCGAUCCUCGAAAAGGCCCUCUCGUGGGGCCUGCCGAUCCUGCUGCAGAUUCUGCAGCGGGGCCACACGAUGACCGCUCCGCAGCAGAUCCUGGUGUGCGGCAACAAAGAACCGGCCAGCAACCGGCUCGCCCGGUGGGACAAGACCCCCUGGAACGGGACCGGCUGGAUCGGGGAGCCCGCGGCCGUGCAGCUCACGGUCCACGCGCCCGACUGGUGCAAGCUGGCGACCAUCUGGGCGGUCCGCGAGUGGAUGAAGGUCUGCGCCCUCGAGGUCGAGUGGGAGAGCAACCCGCGCGCGGCCAAGCACGACGCCGAGGAACAUAUCGCGGCGAUACCAAAGGUGCAUCUCGGGAGCGGAACGCGAGGGUCGCUGCAAGCGUACGCUCUUUUUGAUGGGAAGGGAAACCGACAGGAUGUAGCGCCCGUCGACAUUGUCGAGGACUACAACCAGGUACUCGGAAACCGAGAGCUAGUCAGCCCUGCCGCUUGCAUCGUUUGCCACCCCAAGGGCAUCAAUGGUCCAUCCGUGAACGACUUUCGCCGCUUGAUUGAAGGUGGCGUGGAUGUCUACAGCGAUCGUGACACCCAGGAACGGCUGGAAUCGUUCCACCUCGGAAAUCUUGACCGGGCGGUAGAGCGCCACCAGGAAGACUACACCGCUAUCGAAUCACUGAUCACAGGCCGCGGCCCUGCGGAGUCUGCAUCCGCCUUCAAGGCCGCGAUCGGAAAAUACCUGGCGCCACUCUCAAUAGAGGAUGUGGCCCGGGAGGUCGGACGCGAUCCCCAGCAGUUGAGGCUUGCGCUGGGGCGGUUCGUGCAGCCAUCGGAGCAAAAGGUUUACUCGGUGCGAGUCGCCGGGCUGCCGCACGGCCGCAAGAUUGCUCGACGGUCGUUUGAGGAGUUUGGAUUCGCCCAAGUCCGAGAGAUCGCAGAGAG